UGCAAAUAAGGCAAAGGAAGAGGAGAGAGAAUAUAUCGAUUUACGGCAAGAAAAGCAAAAGGACUAUACACGGGGAGGCCCUCUCACGCAACGUGUGCAAUUAUAUAAAAAUGAGUAUAUCUAGUAAAAUGUCAAUACAUAUGUAGUUAUUUUUCACUAGCAAAUCGUUGAAUCAUUGAAAUUGGAACCGGCAAGGGAGACACGCCAAAGGAGAGAGAGAAGAUGCUGUGAUACGCCUACUGGCAGUGAUAGAGCGAGAGGGAGGGAGGGAGGGGGUGAUACGGUAAAGAUGGUUGUUUUGCAAGGGGUGCAUCUUUCUUCAAAACAAAUCGCUACAAUGUAGCUGUUGGACGUAACAUAUAUUUUCACUUUACAAAGAAACUUCAAAAUGAUCCGAUUUUGACAGACGUGGAUAGAUACAGGCUAACCACAGUGUAUGGCAGCACUUGUGCGGCUAACUCGGGAAGAAAACAUGCUGCUCCACUUGUGAUAACCGGCCUGAGAGUGAAUACCAUUUACAUCAGUCUGCAUUGAACUAUAAGGACGUUUUAUGUUGCAAUACAUUGUUUGGAUGAAUGGAUGUAGCAGGUUGAAUAUAGACAAGAAAUGGUGCAGUCAACACGAACGUUGAUAAAUAUCUAUAAAUGAUUGUUGCUGUCAAACUGAAAUAGCUAUUAGUACUUGUUAUGCUAUGUGGAUUGACCAAUGUAUCAUAAACGAAGCUAGUUAAAACCUGAAAACUGACAUAUAGGCCAACCAUGUAAUCAAUCUUGUCAUACUUGUUAUCAUGAUAGGUGUCGCUAUUUUGAGUUUAGGCUAGUGCAUAACAUGAUAUUUGUGUCGGCAAUCCAUUUACUCAGCUGUUGAUUGUUCAGUUUCAAUAUAAAACGGUCUAUAUUCACUAAGAAGUAAAACCUCACAAAUCAGUGGAGGUAGUAGGUUUUGUCUGGGAAGGUGAAAUAUAUCCCACAAUUCUUAAUUCAGGAUUUAUCCUGCCUUUAACUCAGACUGGAGUUAUAGGUCUACAUCUCAAAGUAGCAUAUCAAUCUUUUCCUAACCAUUACUUGCCAUUGUUAUACAGACUUCCUUUUUUAUUUGGGGACAAUAAUUCGUGAAAUUCACCAAGAUAUAGAGCUAGUUAUCAACAUUGGUCACUAUAAGUUGUAGUCAAUAGUUAGAGCAGUAUGAGUAAGGAACUGUCACUAAGUCAGACAGCUCAAUAUGUUGGGCCAUAUCGAAUGGAAAAAACACUGGGAAAGGGCCAGACAGGCUUGGUGAAGCUUGGAGUUCACUGCAUUACAGGACAGAAGGUGGCCAUCAAAAUAGUCAACAGGGAGAAGCUGUCAGAGUCUGUUCUGAUGAAGGUGGAGAGGGAGAUUGCCAUCCUGAAGCUGAUUGAGCAUCCGCAUGUGUUGAAGCUGCAUGACGUUUACGAGAAUAACAAAUACCUGUACCUGGUGUUAGAGCAUGUGUCAGGUGGGGAGUUAUUUGACUAUCUGGUGAAGAAAGGUAGGCUGACACCUAAAGAGGCCAGGAAAUUCUUCCGACAAAUCAUAUCGGCCCUGGACUUCUGUCACAGUCAUUCUAUCUGUCACAGAGACCUGAAGCCGGAGAACCUGCUCCUGGAUGAGAAGAACAACAUCCGCAUCGCAGACUUCGGCAUGGCCUCCCUACAGGUGGGGGACAGCCUGCUGGAGACCAGCUGUGGAUCCCCACACUAUGCCUGUCCAGAAGUGAUCCGGGGAGAAAAGUAUGAUGGUCGCAGGGCAGAUGUGUGGAGCUGUGGAGUCAUCCUUUUUGCUCUGCUGGUGGGCGCCCUACCAUUUGACCAUGACAACCUACGUCAGCUCCUUGAGAAGGUGAAGAGCGGGGUGUUUCACAUGCCUCACUUCAUCCCACCAGACUGCCAGGCACUGCUCAAAGGCAUGAUCGAGGUUGACCCCGACAAGAGACUUAAGCUAGAGGCCGUCCAGAAGCACUCCUGGUAUCAGUCGGGUCGUAACGAGCCAUGUCCCGAGCAGCCCCCUCCCAGGCAUGUGUGUAUGGGGCGCAUCCUGUGUUUGACCGAGCUGGACCCGGACGUGCUGGACAGCAUGCACUCUCUGGGCUGCUUUAGAGACAGCGGGAAACUCACGUGCAACCUGCAGUGUGAAGAAGACAACCAGGAGAAGAUGAUCUACUAUCUCCUGUUGGACAGGAAGGAGCGUUACCCCAGUUACGAGGAUGAAGAUCUGCCGCCCCGAAAUGACGUAGCGGACCCCCCUCGUAAGCGUGUGGACUCUCCCAUGCUGACACGUCACAGCCGCUGCCACCCGGAGAGGAAGAGCCUGGAGGUGUUCAGUGUGACCGAGCAGGGGUCUCCCACCCCACCACGCAGGGCCCUGGGCACGGCCGCAAACAGCCAGAGGUCUCGCUCAGUCAGUGGGGCGUCCACCGGCCUUUCCUCCAGCCCUCUCAGCAGUCCCAGGGUUACUCCCCAGGGCUCUCCGCUGCCAACCCCCAUGGGCACCCCCGUCCACCACCCCUCCUCCAACCCUCCCUCAAACUCCUCCUCCUCGUCCUCCUCCUUGCGGGUGGAGGGAGGCGUAGGGGUGGGCUCCCUGUCCCUGACUCCUCCCUCCAGCCCCGGAGGGGGCGGCAUGGCAGCGAGCAGCUCCGCCCACUGGAGGACCCGCCUCAACUCGUUCAAGAACAACCUGCUGGGCUCGCCCCGCUUCCACCGCCGCAAGAUGCAGGUGCCCACAUCAGAGGAUAUGUCCAGGCUGACCCCUGAGUCCAGUCCUGAGCUGGCUAAGAAGUCGUGGUUUGGGAACUUCGUCAGCCUGGAGAAGGAGGAGCAGAUCUUUGUGGUGAUCAGAGACAAGCCGCUGAGCUCUGUGAAAGCAGACAUCGUCCACGCCUUCCUCUCUAUCCCCUCCCUCAGCCACAGCGUCAUCUGCCAGACCAGCUUCAGGGCCGAGUACAAGACUUCCUGUGGCCCCUCCGUCUUCCAGAAGCCUGUUAAGUUCCAGGUGGACAUUGCCUUCUCCGAGGGAGAGAGAGAGCCGGAUAGGGAGAAAACCGAGAGGGAUGUCAAGAGAGAGACAGGCAUCUACAGUGUGACAUUCACCCUCAUAUCAGGUCCUAGUCGCAGGUUCAAACGAGUGGUGGAGACCAUUCAGGCCCAGCUUCACAGCUCCCAUGAUCAGCCCGUGGGGGUCUCUGACCCCUUCCCAGACGAGAAGAACAAUCGGCCCCACGGGACCCCCACUCGCCAGAACUCCCGCCGCUCCGAGGGCGGAGGUGAUCGGUGUGAGUGGGGCGAGAGAGGCGACGGAGGAGGCAUCGGAGGCAGUGGGGGGGUCCUACAACGCAGAGGCUCUGGGAAGGAGAGGACCCAGCUACUGUCCUCCAACGGAACACAGUCCCAACCUUGAGAGAGGCAGUGGGGGGGUCCUACAACGCAGAGGCUCUGGGAAGGAGAGGACCCAGCUACUGUCCUCCAACGGAACACACUCCCAACCCUGAGAGAGUCAGUGGGGGGGGGGGGGGGGGGGGGGGUCCUACAACGCAGAGGCUCUGGAAUGGAGAGGACCCAGCUACUGUCCUCCAACGGAACACAGUCCCAACCCUGAGAGAGGCAGUGGGGGGGUCCUACAACGCAGAGGCUCUGGAAAGGAGAGGACCCAGCUACUGUCCUCCAACGGAACACAGUCCCAACCCUGAGAGAGGCAGUGGGGGGGUCCUACAACGCAGAGGCUCUGGUAAGGAGAGGACCCAGCUACUGCCCUCCAACGGAACACACUCCCAACCCUGAGAGAGGCAGGGGGGGGUCCUACAACGCAGAGGCUCUGGGAAGGAGAGGACCCAGCUACUGUCCUCCAACGGAACACAGUCCCAACCCUGAGAGAGGCAGUGGGGGGGUCCUACAACGCAGAGGCUCUGGAAAGGAGAGGACCCAGCUACUGUCCUCCAACGGAACACAGUCCCAACCCUGAGAGAGGCAGUGGGGGGGUCCUACAACGCAGAGGCUCUGGUAAGGAGAGGACCCAGCUACUGUCCUCCAACGGAACACAGUCCCAACCCUGAGAGAGGCAGUGGGGGGGUCCUACAACGCAGAGGCUCUGGGAAGGAGAGGACCCAGCUACUGUCCUCCAACGGAACACACUCCCAACCUUGAGAGAGGCAGUGAGGGGGUCCUACAACGCAGAGGCUCUGGGAAGGAGAGGACCCAGCUACUGUCCUCCAACGGAACACACUCCCAACCCUGAGAGAGAGAGAGAGACCAGUCGGGUAGCAGGUGUCCAAACGCCAUUGGGGGAAAAAAGCAGACAAAUUGUCAAACAAAACCUCACACCCUCACAAACCAUGAUAUAUCUCCCCUUCUGCCCCCAUAAGAUGUGUCAACAAGUUGCUUUAAGCCUGAACACAAGCUGUCAUUUUUUCUGUGUUGAAAUUUACAUUCAUUCACUGAAUCAAGCAGGGAUCCAAUCCAGACCAGUAAUAAAACUUUUUUUUAAAUGUCAAAAGGGAUUCAUGGAUGAGCUAGACACAUCAAAGGUCAAACUAGGAACUUUGCAGAAGCUCUAGUUUGCAUGGCAGUUAGCAAGUCAUUGUGCAAAAAUAUGUUUAAAAGUGGCAAUAUGUAACUUUUAGCACGACCUGACCAAAUUCACAUAGAAAUGGAUCUAUCAUUCUACUUGGAAGCAAGUCUAAGAAGCAGUAGAUCUGUUCUGUGUGCAAUUUCUAUGCUUCCUGUUCUUAAGUUUAGUUUUUUGUUUUUGUGUAUUUUACUUUAGUUUUCUUUACUGUACACCAGCUUCAAGCAGCUGUUUAGAUGGUAACAUUAUUCUCUACACGAUACUAACUUAUUUUGUCACAAACUGAAAUUUGGCAAACUGUUAGUGUUUUAGCAACCAGGAAAUGGCAGAGUGAUAUCUGCAUAGUGCAACUUCAAUAUAGAUGAUAAGAUCUGCUAGCGUACCAUGGAUGGUCCUGGAAAUCGAACCCACUAUCCUGGCGUUACAAACGCCAUACUAUACCAACUGAGCUACAAAGGACCAAACCAAUAACUCAAGCCAAAAGAUAAGAACGCCUUGAAUAAUCUUGUGAUGGUUCUCAAAAAAUACAGAACUCCCCCCUCCCCUGUACCUUUACCGCUCAGCAGCAAAGGAAACCUGAUGAAUACCUUGAUGUGCCCAACAUUGAACAUACAUUUACUCAAAAGACAAUGAAAGACGAUGGAGACAUGUAGAACCCUCUUGCUUAUUAUCACAGACCACCCAUUCCAAAAGAUAGAACCUGCUGCCAAUUCAGUGAAUGAGUUUGACAACACCUGAAGAUCCUGCUUUAAAAGUGAGAAAUUAUGUCCUCGAAAAAAAUGUAUGUAAACUUUGUCUUCUGUUGUCAAGAAAUACAAAUUAAGCUAAGUUGAAUGUGAAGAUAUUUUUUUAUUUAGGUUUAGUUAAGAUGAUUUAUAUAUUGAUUUCAGGGAUGUCGACACUCAGCGAAGAUAUAGGAGAGAAGAAUGGGAAGAAUUGACAUCUUGGACAUACAGUAUCUGCUCCAGCAUCUGAAUGUGGAACCCAAGCCGAUGGGAAUUUAAAAGGUCAGAACGAAGUUGCCAUUGAUGGACAUACAGUAUCUGCUCCAGCAUCUGAAUGUGGAACCCAAGCCGAUGGGAAUUUAAAAGGUCAGAACGAAGUUGCCAUUGAUGGACAUACAGUAUCUGCUCCAGCAUCUGAAUGUGGAACCCAAGCCGAUGGGAAUUUAAAAGGUCAGAACGAAGUUGCCAUUGAUGGACAUACAGUAUCUGCUCCAGCAUCUGAAUGUGGAACCCAAGCCGAUGGGAAUUUAAAAGGUCAGAACGAAGUUGCCAUUGAUGGACAUACAGUAUCUGCUCCAGCAUCUGAAUGUGGAACCCAAGCCGAUGGGAAUUUAAAAGGUCAGAACGAAGUUGCCAUUGAUGGACAUACAGUAUCUGCUCCAGCAUCUGAAUGUGGAACCCAAGCCGAUGGGAAUUUAAAAGGUCAGAACGAAGUUGCCAUUGAUGGACAUACAGUAUCUGCUCCAGCAUCUGAAUGUGGAACCCAAGCCGAUGGGAAUUUAAAAGGUCAGAACGAAGUUGCCAUUGAUGUGCUUUGGGAAUAUUUUUGUAUUUUCUUUUUUCUCAGAGUCAAAUACAAUGUAACCAAGAUUUAUUCGAUGGAAACCUUUUGCUCUGAAGAAAAGUACUUUUGAUUUGAUGAGAAAUAUGAAAAUAUAUUUUAAAAGACAUGUGCAACCAGUUACAUGGAUUGGACCACUGUUUGUCCGUGACUCAAUAAAAAGUGCAUUCCUGACCUAUGGAUCGGACAGACUCCAUUUGCUCUCUGUCAGUCAUCACCACUUCUAGCAAUCACAUUGUGCAGAUCACUUGAUACCGCUGUACAAGUCGGUGUCACUGUCGGUAUUUACCCUAUGAUUGUUCACUGUCAUCUUCAUCACCACGAUCAUCAUAUUCAUCAUCCUUAAUCUAGCUAAGAUUGUAAACUAUUCUCCAUUCCUAAGGGUCAGUAGAAUAAGGUGUUUUAAAAAUGAAAUGUCUAUCAUAAUUUCAAUAUCAAAGUGCACUAUGAUAACUAUUGCCUGUGAUAAAAAAAAGUAACAAUUAUGGUUGAAUUGAUGGUCAAAAUAGAGACAUCCACCUUGUUAUGAUUAUAAUAAUAAACUCUCAAAUGGUG